GAAGAGAAACUGUACAGUCAAAGAGAGAGAGACAGAGGUUGUGUUUGAUCAGCCACACACACACACACUCUCAUGAACAUACACAAACACACACACACACACUCUCACGAACAUACACACACACACACACACACACACACACACACACACACACUCACUCAGAGGACGUCGUCUCAGGUGUCCGAUGUGUUUUUCAGUUUUUUGUUGGAUGUUUUUGAUACAACAUGGAGCUGCUGCCCUCCCUGCUCUCCGCUCUGAAGGCUAUAGAUUCUGCGACUCUGGAUCAGGAAUACAAUGUGGUGCGUACACAGACCUCUGUGUUUAAGAAAGAGUUCGGUUUGACGACGGAGGCCGGAGCUCUGAAAGAAAACAUCAAGAAGAACAGAUACAAAGACAUCCUGCCAUAUGACCAGUCUCGGGUGGUGUUGUCUCUCCUCACUUCAGACACUGACUCUGACUACAUCAACGCUAGCUUCAUCAAGGGGGCGUCCUCGGACUGCAGGUUCAUCGCCUCUCAGGCUCCUCUCACCUCCACCCUGAUCGACUUCUGGAGGAUGAUCUGGCAGCAUGACGUCAAGGUGAUAGUCAUGGCCUGCAGAGAAGUAGAGAUGGGAAAGAAGAAAUGUGAGUGCUACUGGUCUCCGGUUCAGCAGUCAGCUACAUUCGGACCGUUUAUUGUGUGCAACCAGGGGGAGACCCAUCCUAAUGAACACGUGGUGAUCAGAGAGCUGACCGUCACGUACCAGCAGGUGACCCGUGCAUUGACUCAGUAUCAGUUUCUGUCGUGGCCGGAUCACGACAUUCCCUAUGAGGCUGAACAAGUCCUGGACCUUCUGCAGAGAGCCAGAGAUAGUCAGGGAACACACAACUCGCCUCUGCUGGUACACUGCAGUGCGGGGUGUGAGACGGGAGUCAUCUGUGCUCUCGACUACAUCCAUGACCUGCUGGUUACCAAGAAUCUCAAAGUCGAUUUCAGCAUCAUGAAGAUCGUAAUGGAUCUGCGAAGACAGAGACCGUCUUCAGUCCAAACCAAGGAGCAGUAUCAGUUCAUCUUCACAGCCGUCAUCUUCAUGUUCGAACGAUUCAUGCAGCAGUCGGCCGACAAACCUCAUCUCUACAGCAACCUGUCCCCGCUGAAUAUACCUCAGAAGAAACCCACAAGAGCACCUGCUUCCCCCUCAAAGAGACCGCUGUCGCUGCAGACGACCAUGAACGACACGUACGCUGUUGUCAACAAAAACAAACAGCCCCCCUCCGAAGACCCCGCCUACUCUGUGGUGGCACCAAGAUCCAGCAGGACCCUGCCCCCCAUCACUGGCCAUCACUAUGACAAUGAUACAGCAGGAGCCUCGGCCCCGGUCUACAGCACGGUCGGAACCCGAGCUAAACCCCACAGCGUCCCCCUCUCUGCGAUUCCCAUCUAUGAAAUCGCAGCCCCCCCCACCCACAGCAGAGAGAGGGAGUACACUCUGAUGCCAGAGCAACACAUCCCAGAGACAGACGAUGAUUAUGAGGACUUCUCCUCUUCAGUCACAGACAUAAGCAGCAUCUGCUCCCCUGGGGGAAUCGGGUUUAACUGUCGCAUCCAGAAGCCCAAAGGACCCAGAGACCCCCCAGCUGAGUGGAGCCGACUGGAGAGAUGAACUGGUUUACAGAACACUGUCAGACUGGAUUAAAGUUAACACUGAUUAAUUAAGCGAAGAGCGACGGACUGUUGGAUUUGGUUUUAAUGUGAAGCAGUUUGUUGUUUUGUGUCCUGCGUGUGAUUCACUGUGAUCUGAUCAGCUGUUUACAACAUAUUUAUAAUGUUAACCGUGUGCGCUUCUAUCUUUGUACUUUAUAAAUUAUAAUAAAAAUGUUACUUUAA